CCUCCGACCUGACAACAUGCAGUUGGUACUCUUCGCCGCCCUUUUCGGCUUCGCCGCCGCCGGCUUCGCUGGCUCCUACCCUGAGCAGUCCAACAGGCCCCAAGCCCAGUACGAGAGGAACGCCAGGAUCUUAGCCCUGGACUCAGACGUCAAGGAGGACUCCUUCAGAUAUAACUACGAAACUGAAAACGGCAUUAAGGCUGAGGAGCAGGGUCAUGAGGCUGACGGCAUCGAAGCCCAGGGUGGUUUCCAAUACACCGGUGAUGAUGGCCAGGUCUACUCCAUCAGCUACGCAGCAGGCCAGGGUGGUUUCCAGCCCCAGGGAGCCCACAUCCCGACCCCUCCCCCCGUACCAGAAGAGAUCCUGAAGGCUUUGGAGCAGAACGCUAGAGACGAGGCAGCCGGCAUUGUUGAUGAUGGUCAAUACAACCCCGGCAAAUAUGGAGACGCCCCUGCUGCGGGUUUUGGCCAACAACAGCAAUACGCAAGAGCCCAGGCCUCAGCUGGCUUCGGAAGACAAACAUACAAAUACUAAACUUAGUCCUAAUCCACCCAAGUGUUAGUUACAUUUCGAAAAUGAAUUCAGAAAAACAAGAUUCAAAUUUUGAAAAUUCGAACUAAGGUUGUCGCCUUAAUAACGCACACAAAGAACGCGAUGAUUCUAUUGGUUGACUGUUUUCGUGUUAUAUAUGUUAACACAUACUUUUGCGUCUUGUCAUUGGGCGAUUGUUUUGUAAUAGAUUUAUUUUAUUAAGGUGACGAUCAUUCAUUUUUCUGAUUUCGUCGAAGUGCUUAUGGUUGUCUAGUUAUUGUUAGAAAUUUUAGAACUAGUUUAAAUAAAUAUUUUU